AAAUGAAAGUAAAUGAUAGCACAGAAGCAUACGUGAUAUUCGAAGAAGCUGAAAGGUACUUCGUUGUGGACAAACAUGACUGCAGCUGCACAUGUUUCCAAAACAAAAACAUGCUUUUGCCAUGCCGUCAUCUUGUUCAUACCAAAUGUCAUCUAUAUUCACGUCUGGAUGUAUUUAGACAUAGUACUAGGUGGUUACGAUAUUACAACCACACUCUCAUCCAAUCUCAGUCGACAACAGCGGUGGAAUUGGACGUGGAGAUGCUCAUACAAGGAAUCAUAUAUCAAAUGAGAAACCUUAAACAGACGCAUCCUCGGAUAUGUAGAAGUGCGUUUCUUUACGUAUACAAUUAUCUACUUGAAGCUGGUGGACAGUUGGAUGAUCAGGCAUCUACAUCGUCAGCCUCGGACUGAUAUACGUACAUAUUUUUAAAGAUAACUGUAAAUAAAUU